AUGGCAAUGGAAAAAUCAGUGAUCACUGUGGGAGCUGUGAUCCUAGUUUUUCUGCUGUUGAUGAUACUGAUUACUUGUAAGAGAGACACAUCUUUAAAGGAAAACCACAAGGGAAGUAAGUUAACAGUUAAAGAUGGACUGCUGCAGAAUCUCCAUCAGUUGCUCCCCCUCUCCUCGUCUCCUUCCCUCCCAGGUCCUCCCAGCUUCUUCCUGAUAGGCAAUAUGAUGGAGCUGACACAUGAUCAUCUGCCAAUUCACCUGACCAAUCUGGCACAGCGGUAUGGAAACAUCUACCGCCUGAAAUGUGGAAACACAACCAUGGUGGUACUAAACAGUAGUGAAGUCAUAAGAGAAGCACUGGUGAAAAAAUGGUCAGACUUUGCAGGGAGACCAGUUUCAUACACAGGUGAUAUUGUGUCUGGGGGAGGGCAUACCAUCUCUCUGGGGGACUAUAAUGAGGAGUGGAGGGCACACCGUCGCCUCGUCCACAGUGCUUUGCAGCGUUGCUGCCAGAAAUCGUUGCAUAGUGUGAUCGAAAGACAAGCGCUGCAUCUGAGAAAGGUGUUGAUGGACUAUCAAGGCAGCGCUGUAGAUCUCUCAGAGGAUUUCACAGUGGCAGCCAGCAAUGUCAUCACCACUUUGGCUUUUGGAAAAGAAUAUAAUAAGACUUCUUCGGAGCUGCAGCAGCUGCACAGCUGUCUGAAUGAGAUUGUUGCCCUGUGGGGCUCCUCCUGGAUUUCUGCUCUGGACUCCUUUCCACUGCUCAGAAAAUUGCCCAAUCCUGUAUUUUCCCGUCUUCUGAGAGAGGUGGCCAAGAGAGAUGAAAUUAUAAAGGAACAUCUCAACAAUUACAAGUCACAAGACAAAAGACAUCAGGAUGCCAUCACAGGAUCACUCCUACAGGGCCUUGAAAAACAGCACAACACAGAACAUGGAGUGCGCCUGACAGAUAUUCAUGUUCACAUGGCCACUGUGGACCUUCUCAUCGGGGGAACAGAGACCACUGCAGCAUGGCUCAACUGGACUGUGGCCUUCCUGUUGCACAGGCCAGAGGUGCAGACCAAAGUGUAUGAGGAGAUGUGCACAGUACUAGAGGGACGAUACCCCAAGUACAGUGACAGACACAGACUUCCUGUCCUGAGCGCUCUCAUCAACGAGGUGCUCAGACUGAGGCCAGUCGCCCCGCUGGCUGUGCCACACAGAGCCAUCAGAGACAGCAGUAUUGCAGGUUACUUCAUCCCGAAGAACACAGUCAUCAUUCCUAAUCUUUUUGGAGCUCACCAUGAUCCUGCAGUUUGGUCUGACCCAUACAGCUUCAAACCAGAGCGAUUUCUGGCGGGAGGAGGAGGCUCCACCCGUGCCCUGAUUCCUUUCGGAGGGGGGGCUCGGCUCUGCCUGGGGGAGUCCGUGGCCAAAAUGGAGCUCUUUCUGUUCACUGCCUACUUGCUGAGAGAUUUCCAUUUCAUCCCUCCUGAGAAUAAAGCCUCUCUGCCCGACCUGAGAGGGGUUGCCAGUGUUGUCCUCAAGGUCAAACCCUACACAGUUGUAGCAUGUCGGAGGCCUGAGACUAAUCCCUGA